AUGACUCUUCCUACAACACAGAAGAAAUGGGUUAUCAUGGGACAGGGGAGAGGCCUGGAUGAGUAUAACUUUACCGAUGGACCAGUCCCCGCAGUGGGUGAACACGGAGUUUUGGGCACUUAUCCAUUCCAUCUGAAUUUGCCCGUUGUUGGCGGAUCUGAUGGAGCCGGCGAAGUUGUUGAAGUUGGAUCAAAAGUUACAAAGUGGAAAAAAGGAGAUCGAGUCACAGCCAUUUUCAAUCCAGGACAUCAGUCCGGCCAGAUGACUGUGGCUGCAUUGCACAAUGGCAGUAUAGGUGGCUCUUAUGAUGGCACAUUUCAGCAAUAUGGGGUGUUUGAAGAGUCUUGGCUUGUGCGCUUGGCAUCCAAUCUAUCCUAUCUCGAAGGUGCAUCGCUUUCUGAUUGCGGUGUAACCGCAUGGAAUGCACUUUAUGGGUUGAAGGCCGUGAAGCCAGGAGAAUGGGUCUUGACUCAAGGCACUGGCGGCGUAAGCCUGUUCGCCAUUCAGUUUGCGAAAGCAGGAGGUGCUCGAGUCGUCGCUACAACAUCCUCUCCCGCGAAAUACGACUUGCUCAAAAGCCUUGGCGUUGAUCAUAUUAUUAAUUAUAAUGAAGACCAACACUGGGGACAAACAGCCAGAAACUUUACGCCCAAUGACGAAGGUUUUGAUCAUGUCAUCGAUGUCGGCGGCACUGACACUUUAUCCCACAGCGUACAGGCAGUUAGACACGAGGGCAUUAUUACUGUAAUUGGACUUUUAACUGGCGGGGAAGCUGGGAAAGCAAAUAUCUUGGAUGCCCUGGUGCAUGUUUGCACUUUCCGUGGUAUUCACAUCGGCUCUAAAGAUCAGAUGGAGGAGAUGAUGGCUGCAAUAGAAGCCAAUGGAAUCCAGCCUGUCUUGGAUAAGAGGGUGUUCAAAUUGGAUGAACUGAGAGAGGGCCUGGAAUAUCUGGAAGCCAGAAAGCAUGUCGGCAAAGUUGUGGUGAAAAUCACUUAA